CUGUCCGACCAUGCCCUACACAUCUUGAAUGCUUCCAUCUUCUUAAUUUCCACUAUUCGUUUACGGUGCCAACGCCGCCAGCGUCCAACUCCUUUGAUAGAGAUGUGUUUUAUUUGAAACUAAUUAUUGAUUUUUUUAAAGUUCUACACAGAGACGAGAUUAAACCACUGAUACUCAAUAAUUUGGAGUAAGUUUCACAACGAAUAGAAGAGAAGUCGAAGUUUUUUGUAACGAAAUGGGGCUGAUUUCGGGGAUUGUGAUGGGGUUGAUCUUCGGGAUUUCGUUGAUGGCUGGUUGGUGUCAGAUGAUGAGGUACCGAAGCACUAAGCGAAUCGCUAAGGCAGCUGAUAUAAAAGUUCUUGGAGCUCUAAACAGGGAUGAUCUGAAGAAAAUUUGUGGUGAUAAUUAUCCUGAAUGGAUAUCUUUCCCUGUCUAUGAACAGGUGAAGUGGCUGAACAAGCAAUUGAGCAAAUUAUGGCCUUCUGUGGUGGAGGCAGCAUCUGCAGUCAUCAAAGAAUCUGUUGAACCGCUCUUGGAAGAAUACCGACCUCCAGGAAUUACUUCGCUAAAGUUUAGCAAAUUGUCUCUUGGCACUGUGGCUCCCAAGAUUGAAGGUAUUCGUGUUCAGAGCCUUAAGAAAGGUCAAAUCACAAUGGAUAUUGAUUUUCGGUGGGGCGGUGAUCCUAGUAUAAUUUUAGGUGUCGAAGCUGCACUUGUUGCUUCAAUUCCAAUUCAGUUGAAGGAUCUUCAAGUUUUCACUGUUAUUCGUGUCAUCUUCCAGCUUGCUGAAGAGAUACCUUGUAUUUCUGCUGUAGUCGUUGCUCUUCUUUCUGAGCCAAAACCUAGAAUUGAUUACACUCUGAAGGCUGUUGGUGGAAGCUUAACAGCAAUUCCAGGAAUUUCAGAUAUGAUUGAUGAUACUGUGAAUACAAUUGUCACAGACAUGCUUCAGUGGCCACAUAGAAUUGUUGUUCCUAUUGGUGGUAUACCAGUUGAUACCAGUGAAUUAGAGCUUAAUCCAGAGGGAAAGCUGACAGUUACAGUAGUCAAAGCUAAUGAUUUGAAGAACAUGGAAAUGAUUGGAAAGUCUGAUCCUUAUGUGGUUGUUCACAUUCGACCUCUUUUCAAGGUUAAAACAAAAGUCAUCGACAACAACCUGAAUCCUGUUUGGAAUCAAACAUUUGAGUUGAUUGCAGAAGACAGAGAGACACAAGCACUAACUGUAGAGGUUUUUGACAAGGACAUUGGGCAAGACAAGAGAUUAGGAAUCACAAAAUUGCGUUUGAUUGAACUGGAACCAGAGACACCUAAGGAGGUCACUCUGAGCCUUCUAUCCUCACUCGAUACACUUAAAGUAAAAGAUAAGAAGGAUAGAGGAAAUUGCACCAUUAAGCUUAUGUACCAUAAGUUUAGUAAGGAGGAACAACUGAUUGCUUUAGAAGAAGAGAAGAGGAUCCUGGAAGAGAGAAAGAGAUUGAAAGAGGCUGGAGUUAUAGGAAGCACAAUGGAUGCACUUGACGGAGCAGCAUCAUUGGUUGGAUCCGGUGUUGGCAUGGUUGGUACAGGUAUUGGCGCUGGCGUUGGACUUGUGGGAAGUGGUGUCGGGGCUGGAGUUGGGAUCGUCGGCAGUGGUCUCGGAGCUGUUAGCAGCGGACUAAGCAAAGCUGGAAAGUUCAUGGGCAGGACCUUCACAGGACAUUCCAGCAAGAGAAGUGGAUCCUCAACUCCAGUGAAUAGCAUCCAAGAAAAUGGCGGUGCAAAACCUCUACAGUGAAUAGCACAGCCAAGAGAAGCAUGUGAAUUUGGCCUUUCAGUUUGUAAGAUGCAAAAUGCACUAAAAUUAAAGAAUGGCAUUUACAUACAUUUCUAGGUCUAUUUUUUUAAAAGGUCCGUCCAGUUCAACCAA